AUGCGAGUUCGAGCAUCGUCCUAUUGUCACAUGGAUGAUAGGAUUCCAUUUCUGACGCCACAACUCAAUAGCCACAGUCAUAGUAGACUGUCAGCGGAAACCGAGGCGACAAGUGGCAACACCCUCUCGAGCUCCCUCUCCACCAUUCCGAUAACCGGUCAAAAAUCAACGGUAUCACCAAGUCGAGUCCUUGUCAAAGGACAUACCGUGUCCACGUGUACUCCAAGAUUCGGGUCUACAUCAAUUCCGGCUCCACUGGAUCGUCGGCAAGGGAGAAGUUGCGAGUUCCACACAUCCGAUGAGGAUCGACACGAUCGUUUUGAUAACCCGAUUGCUCAGGUGAGAAAUAUUUCAGAUUCACCAUUGAAUCGAAGAAAAACGGAGCCACCAAAACGGGUUUUAGGCUCGAAAAAUGGGUCACUGUCAGUGGCUACUGGAGAGAAGAAAGAUGAGGGGAGGGAUAGGGCUUUUUCCAUGUAUUCGGUCUCCUCAGAUAUUCUCCGUGUUUCUGGGUACACUCAACAAUUCCGGAGCCUUCUUACCGCUCGUUUUUUGCCGCGUCGCGAAUCCACACCAAAUGUCAAUGUUGAAAUGGCGACUGAUGAUGAGACAAAAGCUGUGAACCCGACGAUUCCGCCUCAACAGCUUUCGCUCGACCUGCAUGGCUGUCCCCCCGAAUCAAAGCUCGCCGAGCACAACGAUUUCUCUCGCGGCUCACAUCGACGGCGAACACGUACAAUGAGUCAGAAGAAGUCGUCGCGUCGACGGCCCAGCGAGCUGAGCAAUGGAACGUCACCAUCGAUGUCUUCCGCGAGAAAAACCAGUUGCCACGUGGCACCGCCUAGAAGAAGCACCUUGGCGCCUGGAUCUACCGCCCUUAUGGCCUUAUCGCAAUUUGAUUCCAGAAGGUUCUCGACAUUUGACGGGCCGCUUCGAAGGAGUAGUACGAGACGGAGAGUGAUUAGAAGCGAUCCUAAACAAAUUAUUCAUAUUUUUACUAAUCCAUACGAUCGCUAUGUGAACGGAGGUGUUCGUUUUGACAAUGAUGCAAUCGAGGAAGGCUCGGCUUCUGGAGCCACGACUGGCCUUCAGACUCCACGUAAAAUCGCCGGAUUCAGAAGACGACAGAGUGGAUACGGAAUCGCCAUUUCCAGCGACUCCACGGCCAAAAUGAGAUGUCGCCUACGGAAACAGUUGUUUAUCAGACGGAAUAAGGCAAGUUGCGACAUCUCCCUCUUCCUUGCAGUCCUUGGUCUGAUCCUUGUCAUUAUCGACUCUGAACUUACAGCUCUUUCUGACUCUACCGGUGUUACAAAAGCUUCCCCCAUUUCCGUUACCCUCCGUUCCGCAUGUGUUGUCUCUACAUUUUUUCUGAUCUGCUGUCUGGUAAACUAUCAUGCGAUUGAAGUGAAGAUUGCGCUGAUUGAUAGUGGAGCGGACGAUUGGCGAGUCGCGUUUAGUACCGAUCGAUUUGUGAAAAUGCUCAUUGAAGUGCUCGUUUGUAUGAUUUGUCCUUUUCCUGAAGUCUUCUCUGAUGGUCUCAUGAAAAUGCCAUACAUCAACGCGGACACUCGUCAUGUCAAAAUGAUCAAUGUACCUGUGGAUGUGCUUCUAUCUGUUCCAAUGUUUCUACGCUCUUAUCUCGUCUGCCGAUUUAUGGUUCUUCAUAGCAAACAGUUUCAGGAUGCCGCCACCCGCUCAAUUGCCGCACUCAACCGAAUCUCCAUGGAUUUCCGAUUUGUGAUCAAAACUAUGAUGGCCGAUCACCCACUUCGCGUCCUCAUAGUUUUCACUCUAUCCUACUGGAUGUGCAUGUCUUGGAUGUUCACACAGUGUGAAAGAUACGACGGUCAACUAGACGUGGAGCACUACUAUCUCAACUCUAUGUGGUUUAUAAUGGUCACUUUUAUGUCUAUUGGGUACGGAGACAUUGUGCCAAAUACCUACUGCGGACGCUGCCUUUCGAUUACUACUGGAAUUGUGGGUGCUGGAGUGUCAUCUGCUCUAAUUGCAAUAAUUUCUCGAAAGUUAGAGUUAUCUAGAGCCGAGAAGCAUGUGAACAACUUUAUGGCUGAUUCCAAAUUAACCAAUCAACGGAAAAAUGCAGCAGCCAGUGUGCUUCAGGAGACUUGGUUUAUCCACAAGUACAAAAAGGCUCUUCACAAGGGUGACGAUCUUCGUCUCCGCCACCAUCAACGUCGUUUCCUCCACUCGAUCAACGAAUUUCGCCGAAUCAAGUGGGAUCAAAGGAAGCUCCAAGAGAAAGGGAAUUCACUGUUGGAUGUUGGGAAGUUACACAGUGAUAUGCAUGAGACUCUCUGGGAGAUGCAUAGAACCCAAGAUCACUUCAUUUCUCAAAUCGACGUGCUCACUCAAAAAAUCAUGGAACUCCAGAUGACACUGAACACCAGACCGCCAUGCUGUGCCCCUGCCAACACCUCAUCAAACGACGCCUACUUCUCAACAUCCACUCAAAUCGGUACUGUUCUUCCUACUGUGGUUCCAGCCAUUCCUCUCCCAUCUCAAUCUCCUAUGCUUCAUGCCAGCCAAUCUCAUCGUGAACCUCUUCAAAUCUCUACCACUUCUCCAUCUUCCAACGGACUUCAAAACUCUGCUUCGAUUCCUAGAAUCUCGGUUGGCUCCACAUCCUCUUCGACGUCUUCUGGAGCAUCUUCUGGAAAUGGAAGCCUUCCUCAAUGUACAGUAGAUCAGUUGUCAAAUUGUCCAACUGGAGGAAUUUAUGCGACUGUGACUACUCCUUUGAUUUCAAGCUUUGAAGAAGUUUAA